CAUAUUCGCUUGUGCAACUUCUUUUCUGUCGCUUUCUUUUUGCGGGCUCAGCUGAUGGUGAAACAACAUGGCGAACGGACUUGCUACCUGCCGGCGAAUUCUUACAGACAAAUUUCCGGCAAUCGACGACGAACUUUUUAAAUAUGUGACAGAUAUUCUCGAAAGUGGAGUGGAUGAUUUUGAGAGUGGCGAGGAUAUUUAUGAUGCCGUUGGAAGUAUAUUGGCUGAGGUGGCUGGCGAUGAAGGAGAAGAUGAAAUAAUUGACUUGUGUAAUCAGCUGUUAAACACAUUGAAAGGUGAUGGUUGCAGUGGUACUGACACAGAUCAAAAUGCCCAUAAGUUACUCCAUGCUCCUGUUAAUCUGCAAGAAAUGGCAAAAAAAUUGGAAACACAGCGAGAUGAUGAUGCAUCAAGUAUUUGGAUUGUUAAAAGGGAAAACAACACAGUUGUGGAUCAGAAGAAACUGCAAAAGGCUGAAGCAAAGUUAAAAGCAAAACAGGAAAAACGUGCACAAGAAGAUGAACCUAUCAAUGAAAUUAGAGGAAGACAAAUAGACAAUGCAUCAGCUAGCCAGAGUUCAAACAAAAGGGAAAACAAAUUAGAAGCCAGUGGUAGUAAUAAAAGUUGUGAUAUCAGAAUAGAGAACUUUGAUCUUUCCUAUGCUGAAAGGGUGUUACUGAAAGAGGCAGAUUUGUCCCUAAUUUUUGGCAGGAGAUAUGGUUUGGUGGGUAGGAAUGGAAUUGGAAAAACAACACUGAUUACAAUGCUCUCUAGGCGUGAGUUGUUUGUUCCCUCUCACAUUUCUAUUUUGUGUGUACAACAAGAGGUAAAAGGUGAUGAAACACAAGUUCUACAGAGUGUUUUGGAGUGUGAUACAGAAAGAGAAAACCUGUUACAGGAAGAGAGGAAACUUCUUGCACUGUCAGGUCCUAAGUCUGACACAUCUGACAGCACUAGUAGCAGAUUAGCACAGGUUUAUGCAAGGAUGCAGGAAAUAGAGGCAGACAAGGCUCCUGCAAGAGCUUCAUCAAUACUGGCCGGACUGGGUUUUUCAACAAAAAUGCAGAAUCAGCAAACGAAAGAACUGUCAGGUGGUUGGAGAAUGAGGCUUGCUCUUGCGAGAACACUAUUUAGUAGGCCAGAUCUGUUACUCCUUGACGAACCUACGAAUAUGUUGGAUUUAAAGGCCGUUCUAUGGCUGGAAAAAUACCUUCUGAACUGGCCAUGCACUCUCCUCGUGGUAUCCCAUGACCGUACUUUCCUUGACGCUGUCGUUACCGACAUAAUUCACAUGCACUCCCAGAGACUGGAGUCGUAUAGAGGAAACUAUGAGAAUUUUGUCAAAACCAUGACUGAAAAACUAACCAAUCAGCAGCGAGAGUACGAAGCACAGCAAAUGCACAGACAACAUCUUCAGGCCUUUGUUGACAGAUGGAGAUAUAACGCUAAAAGAGCAUCUCUCGCACAGAGCAGACUGAAGGCUCUGGAGAAGCUACCUGAUCUGCAACCAGUUGUAGUCGACCCACCCGUGGUACUCAAAUUUCCCGAGUGUGAAAAACUCUCCCCUCCGCUACUGCAACUGGAUGAGGUGACUUUCUAUUACGAAAAAGGAAAAGUGGUUCUCAAUAAAGUGAGCCUUUCUGCAAAUCAAGAGUCGAGAAUAGCUUUGGUCGGUGAAAAUGGCCAAGGGAAAACGACGUUUUUGAAAUUACUACGAGGAGACCUGGAGCCAGUGUCUGGACUCAAAUUUGCUCACAGGAAUUUAAAGAUUGGUUAUUUCAGUCAACAUCACGUUGAUCAACUUGGUUCAGAACUUACUCCACUGGCUUUGCUUGCCUCUAAAUUUCCAGGUCAGCAUGAGGAAGAGUACCGCCGUCAGCUGGGUCGAUAUGGAGUCAUUGGUGACUUGGCUAUCAGACCUGUGAGGAGUUUAUCAGGUGGUCAGAAGAGCAGGGUAGUCAUGGCUCUUAUGAGUAUGAUAAGACCACACUUUCUCAUUCUGGACGAACCCACAAAUCACUUAGAUGUGGAGACUAUAGAGGCUCUUGGAGUUGCUCUGAACAAUUAUAAGGGCGGGGUAAUAAUGGUUACCCAUGACGAGAGACUUGUUAGAAAUGUAUGUAAAGAAGUCUGGUUAUGCUCCAAUGGCUCUAUCAUCAGACAAGAUGGUGGAUUCGAUCAGUACAGAAAACUUCUUGAAGAUCAAAUUCGAGAUUUAUGACCAAAUGAUUAGGAAUGAAAAUGAUCAACAAUUAAGAAAGACACUAUCCAUAUUCUGCUAAAUAACUACUAAGUAAUAUUAAUAACAGUGCUCUGGUGAUUAUUAAUCUGGCUUAGCUUCACCUUACCACACGCUCAACGCUUAAGCCCAAAUUCUAAAAUGUUAAAUAUACGAAAUCGCAGGCGCAUCACGCGAGUUUUAGGCAAAAAGAUUGGCCCUGGAAUAAGAACCUCGAAGUACAAGGGUGACAUAAGGCCAAUAAUUUCGACCAAACAGGAAAACCAACGAAACGAUAAGAGGUAAAGUAAAGCUAACACUGAGGUGUACCUUCCAAAGUAGUAGUGUUAUUGGAAAUAAUAACAAUUACGAUAAUAAUAAUAAUAACAAUAAAUGCACCAGCUAUAGAAAAGUCCAAUAUUUAGAACCGUCCGUGUGUCUUAAUUUGUUGUGUAAAACCCCUCCGUAAAUCGACUAUGCACGUCCCUGGUGUUUGUUUCUGUAACAUAUUUUGUACGAUACGAGUUCUGAAUCUUUAAUACCAUUGCUGCUCAAAUUGUGCUGCUGAUGAUUGGAGAAAUUUGUGCAUUAGGAUCCAGAGGGAUCAGCUGGGCAGUUUUUCUGUGUGGCAGUCGUGAGCAUACUUUUCCUUUUAACAGCUUACAUGUAGUAGGAAAUGUGUUUCGUAUGUGUUUGCUCUCGCCCCACCCCUCCCCAUCACUUUUCUAAUGGCUCAUGCCGAAGUAGUGAAAAUAAACAAUUAGACUGGUAUAUCAAGGUAGAGGAAAUUCAAAAUUUCAAAUCACGAGAUUUUAACGUUAAAAUGAUUUGUAACGCACAGGCAUACAAUAAAUCUUGAACGAUAAUAACGCUA